GAAUUUCAGUGUCAAUGCUGACUUUUUAUGAUUGUGAAGCACUGGAUGCAAUUCUUUGCAGGAUUUGUGCCACCACUGGGCAUGAAAAGGGUUUUGUCCACAUCUUUCCUUUUACAGAGUGUGUGAUCGAAGUUGAAGGGCGGCGCGUCUCCAGCGGAGAGACCUGGACGGACAGCACAGACAGCUGCGUUUCCUGCACGUGCAACCUGGGUCACAUCGAGUGCCAUAUCCAGGAAUGCAUGCCCUUGUUGUGCCAGGACGGGCUGGAGAAGGUUCAGGUGCCUGGGAAGUGUUGUGCUGAAUGCCAAGAUCCAGGGCACAGCUGCUCUUACCAGGGCCAGACCCUGCAAUCCAAUGACCAUUGGCAGGUGGACGAAUGCACCACCUGCACCUGCCUCUCCGGAGAGGUGCACUGCCGGACUGAACGCUGCCCGCCAACCGCCUGUGCUGCUAAACCAGAAGUGAUGGUGACCCGGAAGGAAGAACAUGAUGGCAUGGAGACCUUGAUCUGUCAUGUCAGGGGCUUCUACCCAAAGGACAUUGACAUUGAUUGGACAAGGGGUGGGGAGGUCUGGCAGCAAGAUGUCUUCCAUGGCCUGGUGUCCCCCAACUCAGAUGGGACUUACUACACUUGGAGGAGCAUCAAGGUGGACCCCAAGGAGAGGGAACACUACAAAUGCCACGUGGAGCACGAUGCGCUUCAGAAUCCUGUGGAUGUGGCCUGGAAAGUGCCUGCCUCCAAAUUGGGGCUCAUCGGGUGUGUCGUGGUGGUUCUCCUCCUUCUGAUAGCUGUGAUUGCUGUGUAUUUCAAAAAACGUCAACACAGAAAAAUGUCAGGUGAGUGUUACCUCCACCGUUGCAUGUUUACUCCAGAUGGGUGA